AUGCUCCCCGCGAACGCACGGAUCCCCCAGAUCUGUUCUGCCUUGUGCACCUCGACCAUCUCCCCCAUCUUACACCUCCUACACCUGAUUUCCCCCUCAAUCUUUAGAAAGCCCGAUUGGAAUCCUUGGGCCAUGAGUGUCGAUACUCUAGAACCCGCUGCUGCUGCGGCUCCUGCUUCAGCGGCCGACGUUGAAGAGAGACGAUGGAAGUAUCUCAACCACAUUCGUCGAAAUCCAGGCCCUUAUACCGACCCCGAUGCUACCGGUCCCGAGUUUCUCGAGCAGUUUGACAAGUUCAAGAUUCUCGGCGCUGGUGGCCUAGGAUGUGAAAUCCUCAAGAACCUCGCAAUGUCGCGAUUCAAAAACAUUCACGUAAUAGACAUGGAUACCAUCGACAUCUCCAACCUGAACCGACAGUUCCUCUUCCGCAAGUCCGAUGUCGGAAAGUACAAGGCCGAGGUGGCCGCCGAGUUCGUACAGAAGAGGGUCAAGGGUGUGUCCAUCACGGCGCACAACAACCGCAUCCAGGACUUUGACGAGGAGUUCUACAACCAGUUCCAGCUCAUCAUCUGCGGCCUGGACAGCAUCGAGGCGCGUCGGUGGAUCAACGCCAUGCUGGUGUCCAUCGCGGAGGAGGGUAAGGACCCCGAUGCGAUAAAGCCACUCAUCGACGGCGGCACCGAGGGCUUCAAGGGCCAGGCCAGAGUCAUCAUACCAUCAAUAACCUCGUGCAUCGAGUGCCAGCUGGACAUGCACGCCCCACGUGCAGCCGUCCCGCUCUGCACCAUCGCCUCGAUCCCGCGACAGCCCGAGCACUGCAUCGAGUGGGCCCAUGUCAUUGCCUGGGAGAAGGAGAAGCCGUUCCCCAAGCUCGACAAGGAUGAUCCGGAGCACGUCACCUGGUUGUUCCAGAAGGCCCUGAUCCGCGCCCAAGAGUUUGGCAUCUCAGGCGUGACGUAUUCCCUAACGCAAGGUACCAUCAAGAACAUUAUCCCGGCCAUCGCAUCCACCAAUGCCAUCAUUGCUGCCGCCUGCUGUAACGAGGCCUUCAAGAUUGCCACCGGCUCGGCUCCAUGUUUGGGAUUCGAGUCCAACUAUAUGAUGUACUCGGGCAACGAUAGCAUCUACACUUAUACUUUUAAGCACGAGAAGAAGGAUGAUUGCCCCGUCUGCGGACGCCAAGCCCGUCCUCUCGAAGUCGACCCAAAGACUACUCUACAAGACCUUAUCGACUCGUUCGCUAUACGGCCCGAGGCCCAGCUCAAGAAGCCAUCCAUCCGCGCCGAGAGCAAGACCUUGUACAUGCAGUUCCCACCUAGCCUAGAGGAGCAGACACGUCCCAACCUAGACAAGUCACUCAAUGAACUUGGCCUUGAGGAAGGACAGGAGAUUGUAGUAACCGAUCCCGCAUUCCCCCUCGAAUUCAACUUCUUCCUCAAGUUCAAGACGAGUUCGUGA